UUCUUCGUCUCCCUCUCCAAUCGCCAUAAAACCUGUUCUUCCUCCCAACUCAUUCAUGCAUUCGUCGCACUACAGCUUUUAAUCCUCGGAGGUGUUUCCUUUCCCGAGAGCCACGUUGAGUGAAUGUGUUGUUGAAUUUUUCUUUCCGUUUUGUAAUUCUUCAUCUGGACUCUUUCCCUUUGAUCGCAGACACGCAUUUGCAAAUCUUGGUUCGAUUGCAGGAAAAAGAAGAAGGAAAAAAAAAAAAAAAAUCUAAUCUUUGCUCGAGGUUUGCGUUUGGGUAGGCAAUGGGCAGGGCUCAAGGAAACCUGGCGUCGUUGUUGAACAACCGAUGGCUAGUCUUCGUGGCGGCGAUGUGGGUGCAGGCCGUCGCCGGCAUCGGAUACCUCUUCGGCAGCCUCUCUCCGGUGAUCAAGAGCGCCCUCGGCUACAACCAGCGCCAGAUCGCCGGCCUCGGCGUCGCCAAGGACCUCGGCGACAGCAUCGGCUUCCUCGCCGGCACUCUCUGCGAGGUCCUCCCCCUUUGGGCCGCCCUCCUCGUCGGCGCCCUCCAGAACUUCGUCGGAUACGGCUGGGUCUGGCUCAUCGUCACCGGCCGAGCGCCGCCGUUGCCUCUCUGGGCGAUGUGCGUUCUCAUCUUCGUGGGCACCAAUGGCGAAACCUACUUCAACACCGCCGCUCUGGUUUCCUGCGUGCAAAACUUCCCCAAAAGCAGGGGCCCGAUCGUGGGCAUCCUCAAGGGCUUCGCCGGCCUCAGCGGCGCCAUCUUGACCCAAAUCUUCGCCAUGGUCCACUCCCCCGACCACGCCGCUCUCAUCUUCAUGGUGGCAGUCGGACCCUCCAUGGUGGUCAUUGCCCUGGUCUUCAUCGUCCGCCCCGUCUCCGGCCACCGCCAAGCUCACUCCUCCGAUGCCUCCAGCUUCCUCUUCGUCUACACCAUCUGCAUGGUUCUCGCAGCCUACCUGCUCGGCGUAAUGCUCCUGGAAGACUUCCUCGACCUCAGCCACACCAUCAUCGUCUUGCUCACCGCAAUUCUGUUCUUCCUAUUACUCCUCCCGAUCGCCAUACCUCUGUGGCUCACCUUCCAAAUCGAUGCCGUUUCCCCCGCGGAAGAGUUUCUGCUCCCCGCAGUUCCUAAGACGGAGACGACGAGCAAAGCCGGGGAGCAGGCCGAGGCCAUCCUGAGCGAGCUCGAGGACGAGAAGCCGAAGGAGGUGGACUUGCUUCCGCCGUCGGAGAGGCGGAGGAGGAUUGCUCAUUUGCAGGCCAGGCUGUUUCAGGCCGCCGCCGAGGGGGCCGUCAGGGUGAAGAAGAGGAGAGGCCCUCACAGAGGAGAGGACUUCACCUUGUCUCAGGCACUGAUCAAAGCAGAUUUCUGGCUCAUGUUCAUCUCUCUGCUGCUCGGCUCAGGAUCUGGAUUGACGGUGAUCGACAAUCUCGGACAGAUGAGCGAAUCUCUAGGCUAUCAAGACACUCACAUCUUCGUGUCCAUGAUCAGCAUCUGGAACUUCCUCGGCAGAGUAGGAGGCGGCUAUUUGUCGGAGAUAAUCGUCAGGGACUACGCAUUUCCAAGGCCGGCGGCCAUGGCCGUGUCCCAGGUGAUAAUGGCGAUCGGGCACUUGUUCUUCGCCAUGGCCUGGCCUGGCACGAUGCACGUCGGAACCUUGCUCAUCGGCCUCGGGUAUGGAGCUCACUGGGCCAUUGUUCCAGCCGCUGCCUCUGAGCUUUUCGGAUUGAAGAACUUCGGAGCACUGUACAAUUUUCUGACAGUGGCGAACCCUGCCGGCUCUCUGAUCUUCUCCGGCCUCAUUGCGAGCUCCAUUUAUGAUUCAGAAGCAGAGAAACAAGCUGGUGGCGGGCGGCUGCACAACCCUGAUGAAGCAUUGAAAUGCAGAGGAGCCGUAUGUUUCUUCUUGAGCUCGUUGAUUAUGUCAGGGCUUUGCGUGAUCGCGGUCGUCUUGAGCUUGGUGCUCGUUUACAGGACGAUCGUCGUGUAUCGCAAUCUUUAUGGACGGGCUCUGGUUUGAACUAAUUUGGUGGCUAGCUAUGAAGGAUUUUUCUUGUGAACUAUAAGAUUUAUUGUUUUGGAUUGCAUCUGUGAACUAUAUUGUUUUCUUAUGAAUAAAUUACAACUGUCAAAGGCGAUUCUUCUUCC